AUGAAUCAAUCGAGCGUUUGUACAGAUGACGGUUUUGGUCCUAUUAUUCAUGGAUGUCGGGAAGACUUUGAUUUUACACUGCUGUUCGAACAGAGCUUCUUUUCCAUACUGCCUUCCAUAAUAUUCAUACUGAUCUCGUCACAAAAAGUCUACUCCUUGUGGACACAGCCUAGGAGAGUGUCAGGUACUAGUACACAAUUCUUUAAAUUGCUCUUUAUUAUUCUAUACGGCCUACUUCAAAUUAUCCUUCUUAUUCUAUAUUGUAUUCGCAAUACCAAAAAUACACGGACUAGUAUUCCUUCAUUAGCACUAUACAACAUAGUUGUAGUAUUCCUCUGUAUAUUGUCAUAUCAGGAGCACACUAAAUCAAUUCGCCCGUCGAGUAUAUUGAAUGUGUAUUUGUUAUGCACUCUAGUUUUUGACGCUGUUCAGAGCAGGACUAUCUGGUUGAUUGAUAACGAUACAGCUAUUGCAGGAGUCUUCACUGCAUCGUUGGCUCUAAAGUUGUGUAUGCUAUUGCUAGAAGUCAGGGAAAAGCAUCAUUUGUUGUACUAUGAUGAUAGAAAACAUGGCCCGGAAGAAAGGAGCGGCAUUUUCAACAGGGCUGUAUUCUGGUGGUUAAAAGAUCUUUUAGUUCUGGGACGAAAGAACAUUUUAGCACUCGAAGAUCUUUAUCCACUGGAUGAGGACCUUUCCACUGGGGAUUUGUUGCCUAAAUUCCAAACCGCCUGGGAAAAAGGAGCCAAGGCCGGUAGCUAUCGCGCUCUUUAUGCAACAUUCAAAGCCCUGAUUGGGCCAAUAAUUAUUGCUAUGAUUCCGCGAGUCUGUCUCAUUGGCUUCAACUUUUGCCAGCCACUUCUAAUACAUCGAUUUACUACUUACCUACAACAACCUGUCACCGAGAAGACUACAAACCAAGGUUAUGGCCUUGUCGGAGCAUAUGGAAUAACGUUCUCUACCGCCAUCUAUUAUCGUCUGACAUACCGAUCAUUGAUCAUGAUACGAGGCGUGCUGGUGCCGGCAAUAUAUCACAAAACAACUCAGAUGCGCAUUGGAGACUUUGACAAUGCUGCAGCGGUGACCCUAAUGAGUGCUGACACUGAACGCAUUAUGUAUGCAUUAAGGCAGAUGCAUGAAGUAUGGGCCAAUGUUAUAGAAGUUGGAUUAGCAACUUGGCUCUUGUACACACAGGUCGGCCUUGCUUGCUUUGCUCCUUUGGCCAUCGCUGCUGCUUGUGGUACUGCUUCAAUCUGGCUUAGUUCCAAAGCAAACUUCCAACAAUGCGAGUGGAUGGCUGUUAUACAAAAGCGAGUUGCUACAACAGCGGCCACUUUCUCGGCGAUAAAAGGAGUCAAGAUGUUGGGACUGACGCAAAAACUUUUUAAAACAAUCCACGACCUAAGGCUCACAGAAUUACAAGCGGCGAAAGCGUUUCGACUAGUAGAAGUUGUUACAGCUUUCUUUGCCUUUUUACCUGAAAUGAUAUCUCCAGUCGUCACUUUUGCUAUAUUCAUAAACUUAGCUAAUCACAAUAGCGGAGCGUUCGCCACAUCGGUAGUCUAUACGUCUAUAUCAACACUUUUGCUAGAAACACAACCAUUGACACAGCUCUUUCAAGUCAUUCCACAACUUGCAGCAGCUGUUGGAUCUUUCGGUCGCAUAUCUAAUUUCUUGGACAGCCAGUCGUUGGUAGACGAGCGCGAGAAUUUCGACUCCAACUUCAAAACAAGGGGUGAGACUUUGGUGUCAGGCACCGAUGAUAUCACACUAGAGAAUCUGAAACUCUCUCGAGAAACAAAACCAUCUGAUUUUUUAAAUCUUCCUAUUAUGCCACUAGCCAACAAAGUGGGCAUCAAAAUCCAAGGAGGUGCAUUUGGCUGGACAGAGAAUCACCACACCCUUCAUCAUAUAAACCUCGAAUUCCCAAAAUCGCAGCUUACCAUGGUGAUUGGACCAGUGGCAUCUGGAAAGUCAACCCUAUGCAAUGCGAUUUUGGGAGAGGUUCCAUUUUCCGAAGGCACGAUCCAGCUCUCAUCUUUCCAGAUAGCACUCUGUGAUCAAACUCCAUUCUUGACCAAUUCGACCAUACGAGAAAAUAUAGUUGGAUCGUCAAUUUUUGAUGAUUUGUGGUACAAUACUGUCGUAGAUGCUGUUUCACUGAGCCAAGAUCUCAAGAGCUUGCCAUUAGGAGACCAAACAUUGGCCGGUGCGAAUGGUCUGGGAUUGAGCGGUGGUCAGAAACAAAGAGUUUCAAUUGCAAGAGCAGUCUAUUCGAGAAAUAGUAUCACAAUCUUUGACGAUAUUUUCAAUGGCCUUGAUGCCACAACCAAACAACGCGUUUUUAACAAUAUCUUCGGAGCUACAGGCCUGCUACGUCAGAGACAAACCACCGUCAUUCUUUUUACAAACGAUGUCGAUCUCAUACAAUUUGCUGAUCAUAUCGUUGCUCUUGGAACUACUGGAACUGUUAUCGAGCAAGGAAGUCCUGAUUUGCUUCUUAAUACUCAAGGCUAUACUCGGCGCUUGGUAGCAUCCAAUUUGAAGGUUGUAGAAAAUAUUUCGGAAGGAAAUGCAGAAGCUGCUACCACACCAAGUUCUACCGCCAAAUCGAACGAGCAGACAACUACCAUCCCAGAAAUUGCUACUGAAAGGAACAACAACACUGAUCUUUCAGUGUAUUGGUAUUAUUUUACAUCUAUUGGGCUCUUCAAUAUGAUCCCAUACUUAUUUCUGGCAGCCUCGUUUGGCUUUUUCUACUGCUUUCCACUUGUCUGGCUAAGCUGGUGGUCUGAAGCAAACAAGAAUAACACAAUGUAUUUGACGGUAUAUAGUAUCUUCCAGAUGCUCGGUCUACUCUCGAUCACGUUCCUCGCGCAACAUGGACUAAACAUAAUGGCCAAGAAAUCAGGCAAGAACUUGCAUCUCAAGCUUCUUAAGACAGCAAUGUCUGCUCCUUUGAAUUUCUUUCAUGCGACUGAUACUGGAUCUAUUACUAAUAGAUUCUCACAAGACAUUUUGCUGAUUGAUACAGAGCUUCCCAACGCGUUAAUGAAUAUAGCUGUUUUAAUAUUCAUGAUGGUUGGACAAGCAAUAAUCAUUGUCGUUGCAUCGCCAUAUCUGGCUAUCUUAUACCCCUUUUUGAUUGGAAUUCUCUAUUAUAUCCAGAAGUUUUACCUUAAAACUUCUCGCCAACUUCGUUCUCUGGAACUAGACGCAAAGUCGCCACUAUACACACAUUUCCUUGAAACUUUACGUGGACUCCGGACAAUGAGAGCUUUUAACUGGACCGUACCAAACCGAGAGCUCAAUUCAAAACUUCUCGAUACAUCGCAACGGCCGGUAUACCUUCUGUUCAUGGUCCAGCAGUGGUUGACAGUCGUUUUAAACCUGGUGACUACGGCCAUAGUAAUAAUUUUGGUAGGUGUUGCUACCGUCACCCGAUCUCAACAUAGUUAUAUUGGUCUUGCUCUCGUCAAUCUCAUGUCCUUUAAUAAUAUUCUAAAGAGUAUUGUUAUACUUUGGACCACACUUGAAACUUCGAUUGGUAGUGUUUCAAGGAUCAAAACAUUUAGCGAAACAACCGAAUCAGAGGCUGAGACCUCGUCUCAAGACAUGAUAGAAACGAGUGAGAAUUGGCCCCAGCAUGGUGGUGUUGAGUUCAAAGAUGUCUGUGCCACGUACAAGUCAGUUAACUCCUCCUUUGUGACAUCAGCAAAUGAUGAAAGCCAUAUCAAACUAAUUUAUGCCAGUAGCGAAAAUCGCAAUCCAGUAUUGAAACAUGUAAAUCUAUCGAUCAAACCAGGGGAGAAAAUCGGAAUCUGUGGAAAGAGUGGCAGUGGCAAAAGCUCCUUGAUCCUCACUUUAUUCCGAAUGCUUGAUCUUUCGCACGGCAGCAUAUUCAUUGAAAAUAUCGAUAUCACACGACUUCCCCGAGAACAAAUACGCUUAUGUCUGAGUGCUAUACCACAAGAGCCCUUUUUCUUGAAAGGCACACUCAGAGAUAAUCUUGAUCCGCAUGGAGUAUCAGAAGAUGGUUUUUUGAUAAAAGCGUUGGAAAUGGUAUCGUUGAAGUCUAUCAUACCGAGCACUGGCAAUCUAGAUAGCGAGAUGGACGCCGAGGUUCUAAGUCACGGCCAACAACAACUUUUCUGUCUCGCUCGCGCGAUAGUCCGCCCUGCCAAAAUUCUGAUUAUGGACGAAGCUACAAGCAAUGUGGAUCAAGAGUCCGAUACUUUGAUGCAAGACAUCAUCAGAGAUGUAUUUGGGGGUUGCACAAUCAUAGCCGUAGCGCAUCGUUUGAAUACUAUCGUCGAUUUCGACCGUAUUGCGUUGUUUGAUGAUGGGGAGCUGGUGGAGUGCGAUACUCCGGCAAAUCUGCUUGCACGACCUUCUUUGUUCAAGAAGUUGUAUGAAGAUCAGCAACUCAAUUACUGAGUGGGUUUUAGGAG